UUCGUUUUAAACUGAAACUCUUCAAGUUGAUAACACAAAUAUCCGACAUUAUCUACUUUAUCGUUUAUUCAGUUGUUUCAGAUUUUUCAGCAGCUGUUAACAAUUCAGAAAAAAUUCAUGAUACAGGGGGAACGAAGUUAUCUGUUUCAAAAAGUGUUGAUUUGUUUUGUUUAUUAUAUUUCGUUCACCAAACUCUUAUAAUCUGUCAGUAAAAAAAGUUUUAUCUACCUCAUGAGCAGAUAUUCAAAUAAUCAUGACUGAAAACAGCUGCCCACAGCCAUUAGGGGCGUCAAGAAGCAUUUACUACUCUUUGACGGAUGAAGUUCCUGGAUUAACAGAUGAAGAAAAAGAUAAACUCGAAGCUGUUAUGAAGAAAGCUUUGGUAAAUUAUUGAUAUAUAAAAAAAUAAAGGAAGAGCUUCAAGGAAUUUGAAGCUGAGGAAGCUAAUAGAAUGAGGCAGCCUGUGGAAGGAAUAUUAUAUAAAUACACAAAUGUUGUUAAAGGUUGGCAAUAUAGAUGGUUUAUUCUCACUCCAGAUAGUGGAAUGUUGGAAUAUUAUAUGGUUGAAGAAAAGAAAAAAAGCAAACCCAGAGGUGGAAUGCAUCUUGCUGGUGCUACUAUUACUCUAAGUGAUGAGGAUAGCCUUUCCUUCAUUGUCAGUGCAGUUUAUGGUGAAAUAUAUAAAUUAAAAGCAUCUGAUGCAAAAGAACGACAGUUUUGGGUUGAAAGAAUGCGAUAUGUCAUCGAAAAGUUCGCAAACCAUUCUGUUGAGUCUCAGAAAAAUGGCCAACAGACUUCUAAUCAAGACCCUUUUGCUUUGUGUAAAGUCAGUCCAGCAGGUUCUUCUGCAGAAGAAAAGCUUCAGGCAACACCAAAGACUAUCCCUAAUCAACUGAAUAUUACAGAAGUGUCUACAAGUAGUGACAUUUCUAUUAAUUCUUUAAUAGAAAUAAGUGAAUCAGUUACUAAAGCUCUUGAGUGCCAAAGGAUUUUAGCAAAGUCUAUAGAAGAUCUCCCUCUUUCGGGGUCAUCUGUAAAAUGUUCUGACAGUAAACUGUUGUUAGUUAAAGCUAUAUCUCAAGCUUCAGUCCAAAGCCUUGAACAGUGUUAUAUAAUUUUACGAAGAAGAAAACAAGCUUAUACUCCAUCGCCAAUUAGAGAAAUUAAGAGCACUCCAUAUAAUUCAUCUUGGAAGUUAAUCUGAAUUUUUAACAUUUAUGUUUCUGUUUAUUGUAAAAAAAUUUAUUUUGUUAUGCACAUUUUGUUAUGAUAUUAAAAUGAUUUAUAAUUUUUUAAAA